AUGAGCGCAAAGGCCCCGAAGCUUUUCAACAAGUGGUCCUACGAGAACCUCCAGACGACGGAGAUUGCUCUCAGCGACCACAUUUCGAAGACGGCAACGUAUGUGCCCCACUCCGCUGGCCGCUGGCAAAAGAAGCGAUUUCGCAAGGCACGCAUCCCUAUUGUGGAGCGCCUGACGAAUGGCCUGAUGUUCAAGGGCCGCGGCAAUGGCAAGAAGCUUCAGGCUGUGCGUCUUGUGAAGCACACGCUCGAGAUCAUUCACCUGCUGACUGACCAGAACCCCUUGCAGGUGGUGAUUGACGCCGUGUCCAAGGGUGCGCCGCGUGAGGACUCGACUCGUGUGGGAUCGGGUGGUGUGGUGCGUCGCCAGGCCGUCGAUGUUUCGCCAAUGCGUCGCGUGAACGAGGCGAUCUACCUAAUGUGCAAGGGUGCCCGCGAGGCUGCUUUCCGCAACCUCAAGACACUGCCUGAGUGUCUUGCCGAUGAGAUUGUGAACGCGUCGAAGGGCAGCUCCAACUCUUAUGCCAUCAAGAAGAAGGAUGAGGUGGAGCGUGUUGCCAAGGCCAAUCGGUAA